AUGCUUUUGGUGUCAGAGAAUCAAACCAGAGACGAACCAUACAACUGUACUGAACUUGGAAAGGUCUUGGAGCAAAGGAAAUGUUCCCGGAAUCACCGCGUCCCCACAGACCAGUUCCACAGAUCCCAGUUCCCUGACCCCCGAAUUGCUUCAGCUUCCCGAGGUUUUACCUUAGAAUUGUGCGCCAACCGGGCCACGCCCCCUGACGGUCGCGCGGGCGAGGCCCCAUCCCGCCAUCCCGCGCUCUCGCGGUACCUGCACGCAGACCUCGCCUCUCUACGCCACGCCCCCCUCGCCCGCCUGCGCGUCCACUUCCUCCCGUCGUCUGGCGAUUCCUCUUCUCCUCUUCCUCCAUGGCCGAGGUAUGGGGGUCGCUACGGGCCUUUAAGUCCUCGCGCCCUCGCCUGCACCCCAAGUAAAUGCGGACGUCGCGGUGGGAGGCCGGGUGUGCGUCCCUUUCGGUUUCCAAUCGCAGCGAAGCUGGUCCCUGCCCUUGGCACCUUGUGUGGGGUCCACGCGGACGCCCGCUUCCCCCUCGGCGUCCUGCUCGGAGCCGUCGUCGGACCCCGCGCCCAGCAGAGCCCCAUUCCGCCAGUGUCACUGCCCUCUGCCAGUUCCCGAGUCAUCCUUGCCGAGCACAUCACAGCGAGCAGCUGCAUCUUGGGUCUGAGUCCUGAUGAUGACAAGCUUCAAGGGGAGAGCAGGUGGGAGGGAUGGUUGACCUUCAGGGAUAUGGCCAUAGAAUUCUCUCAGGAAAAGUGGCAGUGCCUGGACUCGGCUCAGUGGGCCUUGUACAGGGACGUUAUGUUGGAGAAUUACAGGAACCUGGUCUCUCUGGAUAUCUCUCCUACACAUGUGAUCAAGAAAUUACAACCAAAGGAGAACAGUGAUACAGAAGUAUUCCAGACAGUGAUGUUGCAAAGGUCUGAAGGCUAUGAAAUCAAAGAUUUUUUCUGGGAAAUCCAGGAAAAUAUGCAUGACUUUGAGUGGCAGUGGAGACAUAAUGAAAUAAAUUACAAAGAAAUGUCUGUAACCCAUAAACACAAUCUCACUGACAGAAGAGAUCAGCAUGGUAAAAGUGAUGCAGGAAAUAAGCAUGUUAUAAACAGGCUUGGAUUAAGCUUUUGGGAUGAACUACACAUGUGUCAAACUGAAGGUAAAACUUAUGAAUGUAAUGUACUUGAGAAGUCUGUCAACAAUGGUUCUGGAGUUUCACCACUUCAGAAAAUCCCUCCUAGGGUCCAAACCAACAUUGCUAAUAAAUAUGGGAGUGAUUUUAUUCCCAUUGACACUGACGGAAAACCUUACAAAUGUCAUGACUGUGGCAAAACCUUUAAUCAGGGCUCACACCUCACUAAACAUCAGAUAAUGCAUAUAGGAGAGAAACCAUAUACAUGUAAUGUAUAUAGAAAGGUCUUCAGUCAAAAUUCAAACCUUGUAAGUCAUGAGAGAAUCCAUACUGGAGAGAAACCUUAAUGUAAUGAAUGUGGCAAAGUCUUUAGUCAAAAUUCACACCUUGCAAAUCACUGGAGAAUACACACUGGAGAGAAACCUUACAAAUGUAAUGAGGCAAAGCCUUUAGUUGUGGUAAAGCUUUUCAUCCAAAGUUCAAGCCUGAUUGGCCAUCAGAAAAGUCAUACUGGAGAGAAACCAUAUAAAUGUAAUGUGUGCAGCAAAGCUUGUAUUGUGCGUUCAAGCCUAAUAAGCCAUCAGGUAAUCCAUACUAGAGAGCAAUCUUAUAAAUAUAAUGAAUGUGGCAAGGCUUUUAUCAAGCAUUUGCACCUUAGGUAUCAUGAGAGAAUUCAUACUGGAGAGAAACCAUACAAAUGUAUUGAAUGUGGCAAGGCCUUCAGUCAAUGGUCUGACAUCAGGAUUCACCGAAGAAUUCAUCCUGGAGAGAAAGCUUUCAAAUGCCAUGAGUGUGGCAAAGUCUUCAGUCAAAAUUCACACCUAGCAAGUCAUCGGAGAAUCCAUACUGUAGAGAAACCUUACAAGUGUAAUGAGUGUGGCAAGGUCUUCAAUCAAAAUUCACACCUUGUAAAUCACCGAAGAAUCCAUACAGGUGAGAGACCUUACAAAUGUAAUGACUGUGGCAAAUCCUUCAGUGUCCAUUCAAGCCUAAGUAACAUCAGGCUUCAUGAGAAAAUUCAUACUGGAGAAAAGCCAUACAAAUGUAUUGAAUGUGGCAAGGCUUUUAGACAAUGGUCUGACCUCAGGAUUCACCAAAGAACUCAUUCUGGAGAGAAAACUUACAAAUGCCAUGAGUGUGGCAAAGCCUUUACUCGAGGUUCACACCUCACCAGUCAUCAGAUAAUCCAUACUGGAAAGAACCUUACAGAUGUACUGAAUAUGGCAAGACUUUUAGAUAUUGCCUUAAAUGCAGGGUUCACCAAAUAGCUCAUAUUUACAAGUACAACAAAUGUGGCAAAGUUUUAAAUUCCUAUUUUUCACUAGAUAAGAGUAAAUAUGUUGGAAAUAAACACAUAUAUGUGUGGCAAAGGUUUUACCCAAAGAUCAAAAAUUGGGGAACAUACUACAGCAAUACCUUAUAAAUGCAAGGAAUAUGGCAAAGCCCUUACCUGGAGUUCCAAUUAUUUUGCAAAAACAGAGUCCAUGUUGAAGAGAAACCAUGUAAAUGUGCAGAGCUGUUAUCCAGGCCUCACAAUGACAUCAGAAUAUACAUCUUUCAGAGAAACCACACAAAAGUAAUGGUCAUACUUGGGCUUCUGUCCCAACAUAAAAACCGUGGAACACUGGAGGAUUUAUAUCAGAGAGCCACCUUACAAAUAUGAAGAAUGUCCUAAGACUUUUCAUCAAAUGUAAUGAGAGAAUUUAUGAAGGGGAAACUACACUAAAUCCGUUGAAUGUGGAAACACCUUUAAGAAACUGUGGGUCCGGGAUCCCUGGGUGGCGCAGCGGUUUAGCGCCUGACUUUAGCCCAGGGCGCGAUCCUGGAGACCCGGGAUCGAAUCCCACAUCCGGCUCCCAGUGCAUGGAGCCUGCUUCUCCCUCUGCCUAUGUCUCUGCCUCUC